AUGAACCUGUUAUUUGGAGCCUCUAUUUUUAUAAUUUUUAGUCUACAUGUCAAAAGUCAAAUAUUGCAAAAGCGAUUUGAAGAUAGAACAUAUAUGUUUUUUAGUAGAACAGCAACAUUUAGUGGGAUGGAGAAAUUAUGUAAACAACAGAAUGCUACUAUAGCCCCAGCCCGAACACUUGCAGAAAACAACUUCCUGUAUAAUAUGAGGCGACAAGCUGGUUUUGGUAGAUUUAGAAUGUGGAUUGGUGGUGUUAGAAACGGUACUGGUGGUGCUUUUGUUUGGUCAGAUGGUUCACCUUUGACCUUUACCAACUGGAUAGGAGGAGAACCAAACAACGCCGGUGGAAAAGAAAACUGCAUGGUCAUGGUAGUUGAAAAAUCCGGUAAAAAAGCUGGAUGGAGAGACAUUUCAUGUGAAGAAUUUUUUCAUCAAGUAAUAUGUGUGACAU